GUUGGCUCUUCAUUUGGAAGGCAGAUAACAUGCCAGGUCUGGAUCUAGAGAGCAGCCUCUGGGGAUAACUGAAGCUCUACGUUGCCUUAUUAUGGGUUUAAGGAAAACUCUUUAAGCCUGGGGCAAAAACAUUUAAAUUCACCAUCAAGGCUAAGAGAGGAGAACAAUAAGAAGGGGCUUUUUAAAAUGUCUGCUAUGGUGUGGUUGUUUUCUAUCUUGUGGGAAUGUAACCCCCAUUAAUCCAUCUCUAGUGCUGGUGCUUCAAUCCAUCGUUACUAGUUUUUGUAAAUUCGUCAAGUGGUGCUUGUUGGAAUAUUAAACCUCCAUGUAUGAUAAUUUGUACCUACAUGGAUUUGAAGACUCGGAGGCGGGUUCAGCUGACUCCUACACUAGCCGACCAUCGGACUCAGAUGUCUCCCUGGAGGAGGAACCGACAGGCGGCAAGCUGGAGAAGGAGCAGCAGGCCACUGUUCAGCUGGAGAAGGCCAAGGCCAAAGCCGUGGCCUUUGCUGUGAAGACUAACGUCAGUUACUGUGGAGCCCUGGAUGAGGAUGUCCCUGUGGCAGGAACCGCCAUCUCCUUCGAUGCCAAGGACUUCCUGCACAUUAAAGAGAAGUACAGUAAUGACUGGUGGAUUGGCCGGCUGGUGAAGGAGGGCUGUGAGAUCGGAUUCAUCCCCAGUCCUCUGAAACUGGAUAACAUUCGUCUACAGCAGGAGCAGAAGAGGGGCACACGCUCUUACGGUAAGUCCAGUGGGAAUUCCUCCUCCAGUCUAGGAGACAUGGUUUCAGGCGGGUUCAAACCCAACCCUCCCUCUGCAGGAAAACAGAAGCAGAAAGUGACUGAACACAUCCCUCCCUAUGACGUGGUCCCCUCUAUGAGACCAGUGGUCCUGGUAGGACCGUCCCUGAAGGGAUAUGAGGUGACAGACAUGAUGCAGAAAGCACUCUUUGAUUUCCUGAAGCACAGGUUUGAUGGCAGGAUAUCCAUUACAAGGGUAACGGCAGACAUCGCUCUGGCCAAGAGGUCAGUGCUCAACAACCCCAGCAAGAGGGCCAUCAUUGAAAGAUCCAACACCAGAUCCAACCUAGCGGAAGUUCAGAGUGAGAUUGAGAGGAUAUUUGAGCUGGCCCGAUCCUUACAGAUGGUGGUUCUGGAUGCUGACACGAUCAACCAUCCGGCCCAGCUCACAAAGACGUCCUUAGCACCUAUCAUCGUCCAUGUUAAAGUGUCCUCUCCUAAGGUUCUGCAGCGGCUGAUCAAGUCGAGAGGGAAAUCCCAGAGCAAACACUUGAAUGUGCAGCUGGUGGCAGCGGACAAACUAGCCCAGUGCCCCCCGGAAAUGUUUGACAUCAUUCUGGAUGAGAAUCAGCUGGAGGAUGCAUGUGAGCACCUGGCAGAGUACCUGGAAGCCUACUGGAGGGCCACACACACCUCCCUGAGCACCCCUCUCAACCCUCUGCUGGGCCGCAACCUGGGAUCUACCGCUCUCUCUCCGUACCCCACAGCCAUAACCGGGCUGGUGAACCAACAGGGCCAAAGAAAUACAAACAGGAACAGCAAUCACACAGCAGGAGACCACUCACCCAUCGAGAGACACAGCCUAAUGCCCUCAGACGAGAACUACCACAAUGAGCGGCAGAGGAAGAGCCGUAACCGCCUAUCCUCCGGCUCGCAGCACAGCCGGGACCAGGUCCACUACCCCCUGGUGGAGGAGGACUAUCAUGACCCCUACCAGGACACGUACAAACCCCACCGCAACCGCAACGGCUCCCCCGGAGGCUACAGCCAUGACUCCAGGCACAGGCUUUGAGCUGAAGACCCUUAUAUCACAUAGGCCUCUCUUCCCUUCACAUUGGGUACGACAGAGCCACAAGACAGCUCUUUCAUUUAAUUGUACUGUAACAACCUUUUUAUAAAGUGUUAGUAACUCGCUUUACCUCUGGCACUGGUUCACACUGGAAACGUGAACAUUGACCAACUGAAAAUCAAAUCUCGACGCCUCCAUUUAAAAAAAAACUAAAAAUAGGACGAGGAGCAGAUUUUCACCAUGUUUUUUUAAAAAGGAAGGCCCAACACUGGGCUUGUCUUCUUCUUUUCUAACAUGGCAGAGACUUGGCAUGGCUGGGUGAAAGGGGUGACCAUGUGGUCCUCGACUCCCUGUUGUCUCAGUGUUAGCAGGGAUAGCUGUCGUGGUGGUCAUGAUGACCCAUCAUCACCUGCCUUGAACCAGUGCCAGGCAGCGCCAUGCAUCACUCGAUCAGCAGAGAACCUCUUUGCACGUUUCCAGGAGCCAAUAGCAGCAGAGUCAGUGCACUGUAUCUUUAAUUAAUAUCACUAAGUUGUUUGAAAUUGUCUUGGAUGUUAGUGUUUCCAGUCCUGUAGCCUAUAACCUGCUUCUCAGAGCAGAAAAGUUUCUGUUUUGCAAAAUGUUGAGUGAUUAUUUAGGGGGUUUCUGAAUUUAUAUUCCCUUCUUCUCCUCAAUGAUACUUAGUGCCAUUUGCGACAUGCCGCAUCAGGACAGAAAAUCACACUUUUCUAAGUAGAAUUUGCUGAGCAAGUUUCAUAUAUUGUGCUCUUUCAGGAAAGGGUGCAUCCCUUCUUUAUAUAGUACCUUAACAUUCUCGUGUGAGGACUUUGCCUAUCAGUUUAGUAUGUGGAAUCCAAGAGGAAAUAGCCAAAUUCAAGUUAGUAGAUCUCAAGACUAGGCAUCCAAUGUUGAGAAGGGCAAUAUGCCCAUGUGUGCUUAGUUUCAAUUGUUCAAAUGGGUUUCAGAGGAUAGGCUCAGUGAAGAUGGUUAUACUUCCAAACAGGGGAAUAUUGAUCAUCUGAUUGGUUUACCACAUCCCAUGUUCUGUACAAGCAGCCUCUGAUAGUGAUUUAAUUUGCAUCAUAUUUUCUUCUCUUUUUAACAGUCUUCUUAAUUCAAGUGUAAUAUAUUCAAAGAAAGUCCUGUUUGGCCAGUAAGAAAUACCUGCUGUCCGUUCAGCAAAGUUUCAUUGGUUUAGAAUGAUCAAUGCCAUCAUGUCUUUUUGUCAAUAUACAGUAUGUCAUGGAAUAAUGAUCCAGUGCUGUUAUGUAUGUGUUGUUGCUAUUGAAAAACCAGUAGGACACUGUAGUUGAGUAAGUGACUGUUAUUUAUGGUA